AUGCGAGAAGCGGACAGAGCGUUGAAAUAUACGUACGCUCCGUCUGCGGGAACGAGCAGCGCGGCGAAAAGAGAACUCAGACCGGCCAUCGCGAUCAAGAGAAAGGCGAGCAACGUAUACACACUUGAACAAGAAGAAAAACAAGAGUGUCCGGCAUGCAGCGAGGCGCAUGUGUUAACGCAGUGCCCUAAGUACAAAGCACUUAGCGUCGAACAGCGAUGGAACCUGAUCAAAGAAAAGAAGCUGUGUUUUAAGUGUGCGAACAGUACUCAUCGGCGCAUAACAUGCAAAGCCAAGCUGUGCGGUGUGGAACAGUGUCGUCGUCCGCAUCACUCAUCGCUGCAUCAAGCGGAAAAGAAACCGGAAAACACAGAGGUACGUGACAAGGAACAAGUAUUGUCAGUGACGCCGAAAACGAACGUCGGCGCACGCACCGUGCUUCUGAAGAUGUGCCCGGUCGUAGUCGCCGGUCCACGGGGGGAGGUGAGAACGCACGCUCUCCUCGACGAAGGUGCCACGGUGACAUUGAUGGAUGAAGAUCUCGCCGAGAAGAUAGGUGCAGACGGCCCUACACAAGCACUGCACCUAAGCGGCGUUAACAUGGCUCAAAAGGAAAAAAGCCAGCAAGUUGGUGACGUGCUUAUGAAGUUGAAGCAUUUAAGGGACCUGCCGGAAGAAUUGUGCUAUGAACGAGCGCGCCCAGGCAUCUUAUUGGGCGCGGAUCAUUGGGAGCACAUUGUGUCGCGAGAACUGCGAGUUGGCGGCCGCAACGAACCGGCUGCAUCAAGGACGCUACUCGGCUGGGUGGUGCACGAUCACUUCAAAAUAGAAGCGCUCGGCGUCACACCAGAACCGAGAGUGAGUGACGCAGAUCGACGAGCCAUCGCCACAUUGAAGACGUCUAUAAGGAAGAUAGACUGCGGGUACGAAGUCGGCUUGCCGUGGCGACAAGACAACACCGCCAUGCCGCCGAGCUACAACGCGGCACUUCGACGCCUGCGACAAAUCGAGCACAAGAUGGACGCCUCGCCUGAAUUUGCCCGCGAAUAUACUGCACAGGUGAAUAACCUUAUAGAAAAAGGAUACGCAGUGAGGUGCGACGGGUCAGAAUCAUCGAGCCCCGUCUGUUGGUACCUCCCUCACUUCGCGGUGCAGAACCCGAACAAGCCUGGCAAGCAGAGGUUGGUGUUCGACGCAGCGGCGACAAGUCACGGGGUGAGUCUGAACGACCACUUACUGGAAGGCCCUGACAUGUUGAUGUCUCUGCCCGGAAUAAUGUUUCGGUUCCGGGAGAGCGCUGUAGCAGUCACAGCGGACAUACAAGAAAUGUUCCUGCGAAUCAAGAUCCGUGCCGAAGAUCAGUCAGCGCAGCAAUUUCUGUGGCGCGGUAACGACCGAACCAACCCGCCGCAGCGAUUUAAGAUGACCAGCAUGAUCUUCGGUGCAGCGAGUUCACCAUUCAUGGCGCACUUCGUAAGGAAUCACAACGCCAACGUGCAUGCGCAGCUGUAUCCCAGAGCAGCGGAGGCCAUCACCAAAUAUCACUAUAUGGACGACUUGGUGGCCAGCUACGAUACACCCGGAGAAGCGCACGAAGCCAUAGAGGAAAUGAAGACGGUGCACGCGGCGGCGGGAUUCACUCUGCGCGGUUGGAACUCGAACGACGAGUGUGCUUCGCGACGUGCCCCAGAGUUGCGCUCGAAUCAGCCCACGCAACUGGGGAGAACAUCAACACAGCAAGAUAUUGGGACUGCGGUGGGACCCGGAGCGAGACGAGCUGGGAUUCAACACAGCAAUGAGCCGAGUCCCGAAAGAAGUAAAACGCAAGUGCGCACGCCCACCAAGAGAGAAGCCCUCAGUACAGUCAUGUCGAUCUACGAUCCACUGGGACUUCUCAGCGUGUACACCAUUCGCGCCAAGAUCAUCCUUCAGAACUUAUGGCGCUUAAAGAUGUCGUGGGACGAACGGGUGCCAGAGGAAGACGGCAAGCUGUUCGCGACGUGGUUGUCGCAACUGUCGGCGAUCGGCCAGUUGCGCAUUCCCCGACAUUAUGGACCGACGAGCCACGAGCGACGCAUCGAGCUCCACGUUAUGUGCGACGCCAGCGAGCAGGCCUACGCAGCGGUGGCGUAUUGGCGGAUGGUCGGCCAAGAGAACGUUACACUCUCUUUGGUGGCCGCCAAGGCGAAGGUGGCACCGCGACGGACGCAAACGAUACCCCGCCUCGAGCUGCAAGCGGCGGUAAUCAGGGCGCGCCUCGCUGACGCAGUGAAGAAGGAGCAUCGCAUCGUGGCGGAGAGAACUAUAUAUUGGACUGACUCCACAACAGUCAUCCACUGGAUCCGGAACGACGAGCGACGGUACACACCCUUCGUCGCGCAUCGUCUGCGGGAGAUCGCCGAGCUCACCGACAAAAGUGAGUGGCGAUGGCUACCCACGACGCACAACGUCGCCGAUGAAGCCACUCGACUUCGGGCGACGCCAGACGGAAGUCAGGACGACGAAGCAGAGGUCCUGCACAUCACAGAGAGCCCGGAAAAGGAACGCUGGCUGCCCGACCCGACCCGCUUCUCCAAGUAUGAAACAUUGGUGCGAGCCACGGCGAGAGUCUUGGCGUUCGCGGACAUCGCGCGACGCAAGACACCACACCUGGAAGUGGGACACCUGAAGCGGGCGGAGCUGUUAUUAAUGCAACAGGCGCAAAGGGAGAGCUUCGGGGAAGAGCUGCAACGAUUGAAGUCUUCCCAGCCGGUACAAAGGACGAGUCGGCUAUUCAAGCUGGACCCGGUGUUAGAAGAUGGCGUGCUGCGAGUCCGGGGACGCAUCGGAGCAGCCACAGUCCCGGAUGACGCCAAACGACCGGUCAUCUUGGACGGCCGACACCCCGUCACGAAGCUCAUCGUGCUGCAAGAACACUGUGCCGCAGAUGCGACGCACGAAGCCGCAGCCACCGGCCACGGGAGAUCUACCCCGUGCCCGCUUGGACCCGUAUCAUCGGCCCUUCUCCAACUGCGGAGUGGACUACUUCGGGCCGAUGAUAGUGAAGAUCGGACGCCGGCGAGAGAAGCGUUGGGGCGCGCUGUUCACCUGUCUAACGACACGCGCCAUACAUCUGGAGCUCGCCGCAUCCCUGUCAACGGAUUCGGCCAUCAUGGCGUUGCGCAGGAUGGCAGCAAGAAGAGGAUGGCCGAAAAUAAUGUAUUCCGACAACGCCACAAACUUCAGGGAGCGGAUGAAGAGCUACGAGCGGCCUACAAGGAGUGGCAACCCGAGCUACGCAACGUCGGGCUGCUGCAUCGGAUGGAGUGGCGCUUCAUCCCUCCGGGCGCACCCAACCAGGGAGGUGCGUGGGAACGGUUGGUGCGAUCAGUCAAAACCGCACUAACCGUCACCCUAAAGGAAAAGGCGCCGUCCGAAGAAACCCUACGGACGUUGUUGGCUGAAGCCGAACAUUCAGUCAACUCAAGACCACUGACCCACGUGAGCGUCGACCCGAGGGACCCGGAGGCGCUCACGCCCAAUCACUUUUACGUCGAUCGACGGGCAUGGCGAGCGGCGCAAGCGUUGGCGGACAACUUCUGGCGCCGGUGGAUAGCGGAGUACCUACCGACCCUGGUACCCCGCGGCGAGUCAACAAGAAGAGUUCGUCCGCUGCGCGUGAACGACGUGGUCGCCAUCGCCGACCAACAGCUGCCGAGGAACGUGUGGCCGCUGGGGAUCGUCCAGCGCACGUUCGAGGACCCGACGGAGCCAUACGAGUCGCUGAAGUCAAGACAAAGAGCGGCGUAUUUCGACGCCCGGUGA